UAUAGCUGUCUGUGGCUGCCUGCAUCGGCCACCGCACCCCCCAUCCGAACGCCCUAUCUCCGUUACACAGUGGUCCUCCCCAGGGUCAUUCUAUGUACACACGACACACUUCCAGCCAACAAGGAGAGCGAGUCAAGCAGUGAGAGAGACAAACAGAGAUAGAUGGGAGUCUGGCACCGGGCACAUAAGGCAGCACAUUAGAGAAAGCCGGUGCCUGGCUCAGCCUUCGCAGUUCAUUGGAAACACCGUCUGGCCUGGGCCACCUUUAGGAGAUUCCUCUGCGCCUCCGGCCCCCACCCCGGCCCCCCGUCUCCUCCCCGCAGUACAAUCCAGCCCCCAUCCAGCGGUAACAAGUCAAGUUCAGGGAGGCGGCUCUUUGGGGUCGCUCCAAAACCAGUUGCGCCCGGAGUGAUGUUUAAGCCAAUGUCAGUGCAAGGUAACAGUCCUUGGCCGGCGUCCAGCCCCUUUGUAAUGCACAUGAGCCGGGGAGACCCGUCCUUAAAAAGUUGAAGACGGGGAGCCAGGAAGUUGGCUGCGCUCGCUGGUGUGUGGCCCCGGGAGGGUGGGAUCCGGGAGACCCGGGGGCUCGGGACAGAGCCGGGCUGCGCUCCCCUCCCGGCGGGACCUGCGCUGCGCCGCCCCCGCCUCUAACCCGCGGGCUGUGCUCUUCUUCCAGGUGGCCCGCCGGCUGCUGAGCCCUCUGCGCAGCGGGGAGCCGCUCUGCACCUUGCCCGCGGCCGCCGCUGACCAUGACCAUGACCCUCCACACCAAAGCGUCCGGAAUGGCCCUGCUGCACCAGAUCCAAGGGAACGAACUGGAGCCCCUGAACCGCCCGCAGCUCAAGAUCCCUCUGGAGCGGCCCCUGGGCGAGGUGUACGUGGACGGCGGCGGCGGCAAGCCCGCCGUCUACAACUACCCGGAGGGCGCCGCCUACGACUUCAACGCCGCCGCCGCGGCCGCCGCCUCCGCGCCCGUCUACAGCCAGUCGGGUCUCGCCUACGGCCCCGGGUCCGAGGCGGCGGCGGCGGCGGCGGCGGCGUUCGGUGCCAACGGCCUGGGGGGCUACCCGCCACUCAACAGCGUGUCUCCGAGCCCGCUGGUGCUGCUGCACCCGCCGCCGCAGCUCUCGCCCUUCCUGCACCCGCACGGCCAGCAGGUGCCCUAUUACCUGGAGAACGAGCCGAGCGGCUACGCGGUGCGCGAGGCCGGCCCUCCCGCCUUCUACAGGCCAAAUUCAGAUAAUCGGCGCCAGGGUGGCAGAGAGAGAUUGGCCAGCAGCGGUGACAAGGGCAGCUUGGCCGUGGAGUCUGCCAAGGAGACGCGCUACUGUGCUGUCUGCAAUGACUAUGCUUCAGGCUACCAUUAUGGAGUCUGGUCCUGCGAGGGCUGUAAGGCCUUCUUCAAGAGAAGUAUUCAAGGACAUAAUGACUACAUGUGUCCGGCUACCAACCAAUGCACAAUUGAUAAAAACAGGAGGAAGAGCUGUCAGGCCUGCCGACUACGCAAGUGCUACGAAGUCGGCAUGAUGAAAGGUGGGUUACGGAAAGACCGAAGAGGAGGGAGAAUGUUGAAACACAAGCGCCAAAGGGAUGAUGGGGAGAGCAGGAGUGACGCGGGGUCCUCUGGAGACAUGAGAGCCGCCAGCCUUUGGCCGAGCCCUCUCUUGAUUAAGCACACGAAGAAGAACAGCCCUGCCUUAUCUCUGACAGCCGACCAGAUGGUCAGUGCCUUGAUGGAGGCUGAGCCCCCCAUAAUCUAUUCCGAGUACGAUCCUAGCAGACCCUUCAGUGAGGCUUCCAUGAUGGGCUUGCUGACCAACCUCGCCGACAGGGAGCUGGUUCACAUGAUCAACUGGGCAAAGAGGGUGCCAGGCUUUGUGGAUUUGACCCUCCAUGAUCAGGUCCACCUUUUGGAAUGUGCAUGGCUAGAGAUCCUGAUGAUUGGACUCGUCUGGCGCUCCAUGGAGCACCCAGGGAAGCUCCUGUUUGCUCCUAACUUGCUGUUGGACAGGAACCAGGGAAAAUGUGUAGAGGGCAUGGUGGAGAUCUUUGACAUGUUGCUGGCUACAUCAUCUCGGUUUCGUAUGAUGAAUCUCCAGGGAGAGGAGUUUGUGUGCCUCAAAUCCAUCAUUUUGCUUAAUUCUGGAGUGUACACAUUUCUGUCCAGCACUUUGAAGUCUCUGGAAGAGAAGGACCAUAUCCACCGAGUCCUGGACAAGAUCACGGACACCUUGAUCCAUCUGAUGGCCAAGUCAGGCCUGACUCUGCAGCAGCAGCACCGGCGCCUGGCCCAGCUCCUCCUCAUCCUCUCCCACAUCAGGCACAUGAGUAACAAAGGCAUGGAGCAUCUGUACAACAUGAAGUGCAAGAAUGUGGUGCCCCUCUACGACCUGCUGCUGGAGAUGCUGGAUGCCCACCGCCUGCACGCCCCGGCCAACCGCGGGGGCGCCCCCAUGGAGGAGCCGCACCAGGGCCAGAUGGCCACUACGGGCCCAACUUUACCACAUUCCCUGCCAACGUAUUACAUCAGUGGGGAGGCAGAGGGUUUCCCCAACACGGUCUGAGAGCUCCCCACCCCCCAAGUGUCUGAGAAUCCCCGCAGCAUUCUCCCCACGUCAUACACCACCCAUAGCAAAAUUCUGCUCCUGAACACACUCCGGCUUGCACCCAGAACCACGGCUUCCUACUCUGAGUGGCCCGCGUCUGCUUGCUCAGUCCUUAGUGGCGCGCCUUCUUUUGGGAACAGCCAAAGGGAUCCAGGGCUAACCUCUUGGUGAGAGCUCUCCUUCUCCCUUUGCUACGUGGCUAAGCGUGAGGAUGCCCGGAGCUGGUCGUGACUGAACUCGGGCUCCGAGCUGGGGCGCAGAUGAGUGUGCAUUGAAGCUACUUACCAAGAGCCAGGCCUGGGGAGUGGACGUGGCGCCUCUGCGAAGCACUUUCUAAGGAAUCUAAGCCACAGGAGAGAAUGGCAAGUGGCUCCUGUAACUGCCGACUUGGCGAGAGCUAGGUGGAGGGUUUAUUAGAGCAUCCUCUUGUAUUCCUAUAGUCAUGUAUCUUUUUAUUAAACACCUUCAAGCUUUUGC